GGCCCCCAAAGAAAAACCCAACCAGCCAGCACUGCGGCAACCCCGCCAGGGACCCACUGAUGAGGCCCAGAUGGCGGCUGCGGCCGCCCUGGCCCGGCUUGAACAAAAGCAGCCAAGGUCCCGGGGCCCCACGUCGCAGGAGUCCAUCCGGAACCAGGUGAGAAAGGAACUUCGAGCUGAAGCGACUGUCAGCGGGAGCACAGAGGCCCCGGGGACCAACACGGUGCCCGAGGCCAAAGAGGAAGGCUCAGCCCAUCUGGCGGCGCCCAGCGUGUGCUUCACGUGCCCGCUCACCGGGGCCACGCUCAGGAGGGACCAGCGGGAUGCCCACAUCAGAGAGGCCAUCCUUUCGCACUUCUCCACCGACCCUGUGGCUGCCUCCAUCAUGAAGAUCCACACGUUCAACAGAGACCGGGACAGGGUGAAGCUGGGUGUGGACACCAUUGCCAAGUACCUGGACAACAUCUGCCUGCACCCCGAGGAGGAGAAGUACAGGAAGAUCAAGCUGCAGAACAGAGUGUUCCAGGAGCGCAUUAACUGCCUGGAAGGGACCCACGAGUUUUUUGAGGCCAUUGGUUUCCACAAGGCGCUGCUUCCGGUUCCUGAUCAGGAGGGCCCCGAUGAGUUCUACGUGCUGAGCGAGGCCGCCCUGGCCCAGCCCCAGAGCCUGCAGAGGCACAAGGAGCAGCUGCUGGUCGCCGAGCCCGUGCGGGCCACACUGGCCCGCCAGCGCCGGGUCUUCCGACCCUCGCCCAUGGCCUCCCAGUUUGACCUGCCCGGGGACUUCUUCAACCUCACGGCAGAGGAGAUCAAGCGGGAACAGAGGCUCAGGUCUGAGGCCGUGGAGCGGCUGAGCGUGCUGCGGACCAAGGCCAUGCGGGAGCGGGAGGAGCAGAGGGAGAUGCGCAAGUACACCUACACGCUGCUGCGCGUCCGCCUCCCCGACGGCUGCCUCCUCCAGGGGACCUUCUAUGCCCGGGAGCGGGUGGCCGCCCUGUACGCAUUCGUCCGGGAGGCCUUGCAGAGCGACUGGCUGCCUUUCGACCUGCUGGCCUCGGGCGGGCAGAGGUUGUCGGAGGACGAGAGCCUGGCCUUCAACGAGUGCGGGCUGGUGCCCUCGGCCCUCCUGACCUUCUCGUGGGACGCAGCAGUGCUAGAGGACAUCAGGGCCGCCGGGGCCGAGCCGGACUCAUCUAUUCUGAAACCUGAGCUCCUGGCGGCCAUUGAGAAGCUCUCGUGAAAUAAAAGCAGGGUCGGCUUUAGCGCGCGUGAGUUUGUCUCAUGCUCUCCUGCUUCCUC